UGUGAUGAUACCAUUUAUUGAGAAGGAGCACUCCUGCUUAUCCAGUGCCGUCUGUGUGCACAGCCUUGUGCUAACCACGCCUGUGGUGGGUUCCAUCCCCAGUUUAGAAAUGCGGAAACUCAAGAAUGGAUGAUUGGGAAGGUUUUAUAGAGAGAAAUUUCCAAAGAUAUGGAAGGACCACAGCUUCAGAUAGUGAUGAUCUUCACAAUGAAGACUCUGGAAAAUUUUUGGUUCUCUAUAGGAACAAUGAAAAUUGAAGGAAAAAAAAUUUUCAAAAAGAAGUUGCUUUGAAAGUAUGUUUACAACUGACUGAUAUUGACAGUUUUUUUUUUUAAUAAUAAUAAAACACUUUAAGAAGAUUGUAUUUAUGGUAAAAGGAAACUGGACUAACAAUGAGGCCAAAGACUUUUCCUGCCACAACUUAUUCUGGAAAUAGCAGGCAGCGACUGCAGGAGAUUCGUGAAGGGUUAAAGCAACCGUCCAAGUCUUCGGCUCAGGGGUUACCUGUGGGACCAAACAAUGACCCUUCCCUGGACACCAAGGUUCUGGGGAGCAAGGACGCUGCCAGGCAGCAGCAGCAGAUGAGAGCCACCCCAAAGUUUGGACCUUAUCAGAAAGCUUUGCGGGAAAUCAGAUAUUCCUUGUUGCCUUUUGCUAAUGAGUUGGGCCCUCCCACUGCUGCAGAAGUAAACCGACAAAUGCUGCAGGAACUAGUGAAUGCAGGAUGUGACCAGGAGAUGGCGGUCCGAGCACUCAAGCAGACGGGCAGCAGGAGCAUUGAGGCUGCUCUGGAGUACAUCAGUAAGAUGGGCUACUUGGACCCGAGGAAUGAGCAGAUCGUGCGGGUCAUUAAGCAGACCUCCUCAGGGAAGGGCAUGGUACCGGCCAGCGUGGCCCGGAGGCCGAGUUUCGAAGGAACAGGUGACUCCUUCCCGUCCUACCAUCAGAUGAGUGGGGCAGCCUACGAGGGGCCCAGCUUCAGGGCAGAGGGCCCGACUGUGCUGAAAGAAGUGACAUGCCAGUACAUGGACUUUAUGUUCUCUGGACAGAGGCCUUCGAGAGCCAGUGCCCACAGCUUGCCUGGUGGCCAUCAGCAGCCACCCAAAGGGUACUGUGCAAAUAUGGAGGCCCCAGUGCUGAGUUUCCCUGUCAGUAACCAUGGGGGCCCAGCCCUGCAGCUUCCAGGCCCCCACAGCCCCAACGGCCCACACUAUGGCCGCCCACACCUGAUGAUUCAGGGGGAGCCGCUGGUCUAUGGCCUCCAGCGCAGCCCUUCCUUCCAAAACAAGGGGUCACCAGAGGCAGGAGGGUACGCAAACCUUCCUGCAAAGGGCCAGGGGACCCAGCCCAAUGCCAGCCUCACGUUUCUGCCUUCAGGCGUGGCUGCCGGGUUGUACCUGCCGCACCCACACCAUAAGCAGACCGGCCCCUCCUCCCACCAGAUCCAUAUGAUGGGCUCUCGGGGGCAGGUGUUUGUGAAUGACAGCCCUCCACCGAGUCUGCUCACCCCUUCAAGGAACAGCCUGAAUAUGGACUUGAAUGAGAUGAACACCUCUCCUGUCCAGCAGUGGCCGUCCUCCACUCUAUCCCGCCGGGACUCUCUUCAGAAGCCUGGCCUAGAUGCACCCCCCCGUCAGCAUGUGCCCUUCCGGCCCAACGGUCCUGUCCCCAGCAGAACCAGCUCCUUUAACAACCACCAGCAGCAGGUGGUGGUGCCCAUCAGGGCGGGAGCCCCCAGCAAAGCAGAGCCUUCCAUGCCCUCUCCCAACACCAUCACAGCCGUCACAUCUGCCCACAUCCUGCACCCAGUGAAGAGUGUGAGGGUGCUGAGGCCAGAGCCCCAGACAGCCGUGGGACCCUCCCACCCUGCCUGGAUGCCAGCGCCCAGCUCGGCUGUAGAGGGCCUGGACCCCAAGGAUGAGCAUCCUCUGCCCUUGGGGGGCACGAGUGCAUACCCACUGGACAUGGAGUAUGGCAGCCCAGAGAUGCGCUGCCCACCCCCACCAUACCCAAAGCACCUAUUACUGCAGAGUAAGCCGGAGCAGUAUGAAGUGGACAGCCUGUGUGUAGGGCUGGAGCAGGGCCUUCGAGCCGGCCAGGCUGCCGAGCCUGCCGACAGGAGUGACAAGGGCCACAAGAGUACCAAAGGGGAGAAAAUGGGGAAGGAUAAAAAGCAAAUCCAGACCUCUCCUGUUCCUGUUCGGAAAAACAGCCAAGAUGAAGAGAAGAGAGAGUCUCGCAUCAAAAGCUACUCACCGUAUGCAUUUAAAUUCUUCAUGGAGCAACACGUAGAGAAUGUCAUAAAAACCUACCAGCAGAAGGUCAACCGCAGGCUGCAACUGGAACAGGAAAUGGCAAAAGCUGGCCUCUGUGAAGCCGAGCAGGAGCAGAUGAGGAAGAUCCUCUACCAGAAGGAGUCCAACUACAACAGGCUGAAGAGGGCCAAGAUGGAUAAGUCCAUGUUUGUGAAAAUCAAAACACUGGGCAUCGGCGCCUUUGGGGAGGUGUGCCUCGCUUGUAAGGUGGACACACAUGCGCUGUAUGCCAUGAAGACACUAAGGAAGAAGGAUGUCCUGAACCGGAACCAGGUGGCCCAUGUCAAGGCGGAGAGGGACAUCCUUGCUGAGGCAGACAAUGAGUGGGUGGUGAAGCUCUACUACUCAUUCCAGGACAAGGACAGCCUGUACUUUGUGAUGGACUACAUUCCUGGGGGGGACAUGAUGAGCCUGCUGAUCCGGAUGGAGGUCUUUCCCGAGCCACUGGCCCGCUUCUACAUCGCGGAGCUGACGCUGGCCAUUGAGAGCGUGCACAAGAUGGGCUUCAUCCACCGUGACAUCAAACCGGACAACAUUCUGAUUGAUCUCGAUGGCCACAUCAAGCUGACAGACUUUGGCCUCUGCACAGGGUUCCGGUGGACUCACAAUUCCAAAUAUUACCAGAAAGGGAACCACAUCCGGCAGGAUAGUAUGGAGCCCAGCGACUUCUGGGAUGAUGUGUCUAACUGUCGCUGUGGAGAUCGGCUGAAGACCCUGGAGCAGAGGGCACGGAAGCAGCACCAGAGGUGCCUGGCACACUCCCUGGUGGGGACUCCGAAUUACAUCGCUCCGGAGGUGCUCCUUCGCAAAGGAUAUACUCAGCUGUGUGACUGGUGGAGUGUUGGGGUGAUUCUCUUCGAGAUGCUGGUGGGGCAACCGCCCUUUUUGGCACCUACUCCCACAGAAACCCAACUGAAGGUGAUAAACUGGGAGAGCACACUCCACAUCCCAGCCCAGGUCAAACUGAGCCCUGAGGCCCGGGACCUCAUCACCAGGCUGUGCUGUGCUGCCGAUAGCCGGCUAGGCAGGGCUGGGGCCGACGAGCUCAAGGCCCACCCAUUCUUCAGUACCAUCGACUUCUCCAGCGACAUCCGUAAGCAGCCCGCGCCCUAUGUGCCCAAGAUCAGCCAUCCCAUGGACACCUCCAACUUCGACCCCGUGGAUGAGGAAGGCCCAUGGGACGAGGCCAGUGAAGACAGCACCAAGGCAUGGGACACGCUCACCUCUGCCAACAACAAACAUCCUGAGCACGCCUUCUAUGAGUUCACCUUCCGAAGGUUCUUUGAUGACAAUGGCUACCCCUUCCGAUGCCCUAAACCUUCAGGAGCAGAAGGCAAUCAGUCUGAGAGUGCAGAUGGAGAAAACGCAGCUGUCGGGGACCAGACUGAGGGCUGCCAGCCCGUGUACGUGUAGACGCUUCGCGUCCUCAGAAGCCACUUCCUCGCAGGCAUACCCGGAACAGGCUGGCUAGGAAGGUUGUGAGUUAGUCUAUUGAUGCUACAUGUGAAUACUGGCCUUUAACAACAAAGAACCAACCAAAUCAAAACUUUAAAAAGACCCGAGUCUAGCAGAUCUUCAUUGUAGAUCUGGUUGAUAGGGUCAAUAUUACCUUUGUAUUGGCUUUUAAGGACCUUCACCACAUUAAAACAAUAUUUUUCAAAACUUAGUACAGUUUAAAAGAGCACUUAUUUUGUUUAUAUCCAUUUUUUCUUACUAAAUUAUAGGGAUUAACUUUGACAAAUCAUGCUGCUGUUACUUUCUACAUUUGUAUUUUAUCCAUAGCUCUUAUUCACAUUUAGGAAAAGACAUAAAAACUGAAGAACAUGUGAUAAAAUCUCUGUGCAAUAAUUUAAAAAACAAAACAAAAAAACACUGCUCUGAUGUUACUGAUACCAUUUUAUUUUACACAGUGGUUUUUAUUUUAUAUUUUUUCCCACAUUUCAAAAUUGUGAUAUAAUGUUAAAGGCUGCUUUUUGUUUGCUUUUUGCAUAUUCUAGUACAGUAGGAAGUGUGAGCAAGACGAUUAUGUGGCUGUGGUUUUAGAUGUCUGGUGUGUGGAGAAUGCUGCAUGAGCAGUUUUUUUCUAUAAUAAAAUUACCAUAUCUUGCCAUUCACAGCAGGUCCUGUGAAUAUGUUUUUAUCAAGUAUCUUUAAGUGAGGUGUUCUAGACAGUGUGUUAAUAAUGUAUAGUGUGGGUGAUUUCCUUGCUAUGAUUGUAUCCCUUAUUGUUUUGUUAAGAAAUGCAGAUGUGUAUGAGAAGCGAUUUUUUUGUGUGUCUUGGGGUGUGAUUGAAUUCUUUGGGGAGUUAAACAUCUAUCACAUACUAAAAUUGUACACAUCAAAAGGGAUUAAUUUAGGGAUGCCAAAAAUGUUUAAGUUAAUUAUGAAACUAUGUCCAUUUCUCUAGUCAGUAUACUCUUCAUUUUUGGGAUAGCUAAUGUGUAGAAUUCUGUCAGUAGCUAUGCCCGUACUGCUUUGUUUUUUCACCAGCAGACUGUCCACACUGAAAGGUUAAAGUGAAAGGUAUCCACCUGUUGUCUUAAGCAACUGAGGUGUUACCACAAUGAGAUGUUAUCACAAUGAGAUUUAGUAAUCUUAUGUCUCCUUCACAUUCUUUUGGUGUGCAUUGAAGUUCGUCAGAUCUUGUUUUUUGUUUUUAAAUACAUUUUUCCAAUCUUUGUAAAAAAGCAAGGAUUAUUCAUAGUGACAAUGGAAUACAAAAAUGAGUAAGCCAUACAUAUUUUCUUAGAAGUAGAGGUGUAUAUAUAACUACAUAAACACAAAAUAUUCCUUAUUUCAAAUUAGUAUGAAUCCUAUUUAAAGUGAUUUAUAUUUGAGUAAAACGUUCAAUUUUUCUUGCUUUUUAAAAAAUCUGAUGCAUCAUAUUUUUCAUUAUAUUAUUCCACAUAAUUUUCUUUGAAGUUUAUUGUGUAAUGUAUCCAUUAUUUAGUACCUAUCUAGGCAACAACACUUACAAAUUUAUCAAUGUCUAAACUUAAAAAAAAAAAUGAUUCCUGUGUACUUGUUUACAUUUGUAUGAAUGGCAUAUUCUGAAGUCUGCUGUGCUUGUAUCGUGAAUGUCAGUAUUUUGCUAUUUUAUAGUAACGCCAUUUUGUUAUUUACAGCGCUCUGACGUACUUUCAUGUGGUAGGUUCUUUCUCAGGAACUCAAUUUAACUAUUAUUUAUUGAUAUACCAUUGCCUUUGAAGAGCUUCUACUGGCACAAUUUAUUAUUAAAAUUUUGAAUCCAAAUACUUUAGUUGGUGUCAUGUUUUAUUGGGAUUUGUAAGUUCUUGCUUUUAUCGACAUGUUACAACUCCCACCAGCUGUCCAGUGAUGCACAUAUAGCUGGGUCUGUGAACUACUUACUGAAGGAGCCACCAUGACAAGAGGGGAGGGGAGAAGACUCUCCCCAGACACAGUUCUGUCUGACGAAGGCCCUGGGGAUGUCAGAAAAACAGGCUUUCACGUCAGACACACAAAGUCCAAAUCAGGCUGUGGUUCUGCGACCCAGUCUCUC